AAUAUCAGCUUGCAUAUCCUAUGAAACGAUAAGUAUCUGAUAUUUACUUGACAGAGUUUAAUGGUUGAUAUAAAGCAUUAAGGACAUCGUAGACCUUGCAUGACCUUCACAAAAAGCAAAAUAUUAAAUUUUCGCGCAAUUUUGUUUGUGAUCGUCUUUAAUAAUCUAUUAGUACUUUUUGUGAUCUUUUCGAAGGUAUCGCACUGUUUUCUCUAAAAAAUGUCUUGUCUUUUAAGAUGCAUUUAUAUGAUGACUAAAGUGGCAUACGACUCUAGUUCCUUCCAAGUAAUGUCUCUCUGCAAAUUGCAAGUACCAUUUUAUCUCUUGUAAUGGGCGAGAACCACACAUGUGGAUGGUUUCAAUGUUGUUAAACAUGUUUUAUCGUUUGUAGUUUACUUAGACCACAAUGUCACAUGCUUCACAUUCUAACCGUCUACUUGAUUUCUGCAAUUUUCACAUUGUGUCCGUUUGUGGUUGUUUUAACUUAAAUUGGAAGCAAGAAACAAACAUACUGAAUACCUCACAUCGUUGCCCAUAUUAUUUUACAAACUCAGUCAUAACUAUGUCUGUUUACAUAUAUGUAAACGGAUUUUUUUUCCAUCUUAUCUACAGUCUCAAAGAUAACUUAGUUAGUACGGCCGAUGUUACCAUGUUUGAUUGCAGCUUGUUAAAAAGUAUCCCGUUGAGUUCGGUUUUUAUUUUUUUAGUUUUGUCGGCCAACUAGUCUCUUCAUAAAUGUAAUAAACGUCUUCUUUAAAAGCUAUUAAAACCAUAGAAAGUAAGAUAUAGCCCUAGUCUUCAUAACACGAGUUAUAAAAUUUUCAACUACUGAGAAGUUAUUCGUCACUCAUCAGUACCACACGUAAUUUGUUCAAGGAUGUAGAGUAAUUUAUCUCUGUUUCCAGUGAUCCUUACAUUUAAUGGAAUUUUAGCGUUUAAGAAGCCAAGUGACGUAAUAUAUCUCUUUUUAGUAUUUUGUUGAAAGAUUUCCAGUGACAGAUUUGUCCUCUUUUACUACUUUUUACAGUUCAGUUAACGUAUUAACAUAUUUCUCAGACCAUCGGUUUCUUAUUGUUUGACAUUCUCCUUCAGGAAAUUUCCACAAAUAACUCUUUCUUCUUGCUAAACAUUUGAAUUUAUAGCUUUGAAAGCUCUGAAGCCUGAUUAAAUAAUGGGAGAACAAGUCCGAUCGCCACCUGUUGAUAGGUACAAUUUGGCUUACAUUUUUCUGUUUUUGCACGGUAUUGGAUUUCUGAUACCAUGGAACGUCUUUAUUAAUGGCUAUGAGUAUUUUGAUUACAAGUUAAAUACAAAAACGAGCUCCAAUGCGGACUAUCGUGUCAAUCUUCUUAGCUAUUUCGGUUUUGCUGCCCAGUUCCCCAGUUUAUGUUUUGCUGCAUGGAAUACGUUUUAUCAAAGUGGUUCUGUGACCUCAACUCCACGAUUUCGAUUUUUGGGAUGCAUGAUCGUCGAGAUUAUUGUCUUCGUACUAACUAUUAUUUUGGCUUUGAUUGAUACAUCGAACAUUCCAGGAACAUUUUUCCUCAUAACAAUUAUAUGUGUAGUGAUCAUUAAUAGUUGUGUUGGAAUCCACCAAACUUUAACAUUCGGUAUAGCUGCAUCGCUACCCAUGAAGUAUUCAAACGCAGUGAUAGUAGGAUCCAAUGCAUGUGGUGCAAUAAUUUCACUAGUGAAUAUUAUUACGAAAUCAUUAACCUUAAGUACAGUUAAAUCGCAAAGGUCAAUCAUUAUUUCCGCUGUCAUUUUCUUCUUAUCUGCAAUAUUAAUUAUUCUAGCUUGCACGUUCACAUUCUUUUGGUUACAACGUUUAAAAUUUGUUCGUUAUUACUCUAAACUUCGUCAGUGUGACAAUCAUAUAAAUGAAUCAGAAAGAUCCCAUAAUACCAUCCAAAUCUAUACUAAUAAUAAUAAUGAUAGCAAUACUGAAAUAAUAAGUCCUACUCUUUUGAUACUACCAAAAGACUCAGAAGAAAAUCAACAAAUCCUAGAUCGUUAUAGUCCACAAAUUAGCAAAAAUGAAUUUGAUGAUGAUUGGGAUGUGGAACAACCGGCUGAAAAAUUAUUAAACUCAUCUCCCAAUAAAGAACUAUCAAUGCUAUCAACAAUGACCACUACAAUAACUCAUAUAUCUGAUCAUUUGGUAACUGGCAAAGUAAAUGGAAUAAAAAAAUAUCGUCCAGUGCAGACUAGUGGUUGGUAUAUAUUUCGAAAUUGUUUUGGUCUAUGCUGUUUUAAACCACCUAAUGGUAAACAACGCUGUUUAGACUAUUGGUCAAAAUACAGUUUAACCAUGAAAGAAUGUGGGUCCCAGUGUGCAAACAUUUGGUGUGUAUACUUUUGUACACUAUCCAUAUUUCCGGCAGUUCAGUCACGUGUUAGACCAAUAAAUCCAGACUAUUUUAUUCCACCUCUCUGGUUUGUUGAUGUAACUUGCUUCUUAUUUUUCAAUGUGUUUGCAAUGUUGGGAUGUAUCCUAUGUAACUGGAUACAAUUUCCAGGACCGCGUUAUCUAUGGAUUCCUGUAUUUUUACGUACUAUUAUCUUCAUUCCAUUCUUUUUAUCCUGUAAUUUCGGGAUUGAAAAUCCUCAUCUAUCUGUUCUAAUUACAAAUGAUCAUAUAUACGUAUUAGGUUGUAUUCUAUUUGCAUUAAGCAAUGGACAUCUUGCAUCACUCGGUUUAAUGUAUGCACCAAGAUGUUGUUCACCUGAUCGAGCUCCGUUAGCUGGAAUGUUUGGUGCAUUCUUUCUAAUUCUUGGAGUAUUCACUGGAGUUUACGCUUCUCGAGGUCUAAAUAGUCUUAUAUAUUAAUAUAAUUGCUAUUGAAUUUUAUAUAGGCCUACUUAUAAAAACUGUUGUAUAGGAUCAUUUAUGCACUAUAAUAAAUAUAUCCAUAGUUGUAUUUUAUCUUCAUUAUUACAUUGAAUGGUUUGGAAAGAUGAAACAAUUAUCUAUAUUUAAAUACUGAUAAUUAUUUUUAAUGGGUUAUUAUAACACAUCACCCCUAUUAUCAUUUUAUAUAAUAUUAAAUUUACCAAUAAAGGAGAUCCUUAACAGUCCUUUUUUCAUCUGUGACAAUUUUUUUUUUGAUCUUAUUACCUUUUUAAAUAAUAAAAAAAAACAAAUCACUGGGCCACUAUUAUUGCAUUUUGACUUUUUAUUCAUUGUAUAUUGAAUGUUUUUAUAACUUUUGAUUGGUAAAAUUAUAAAUUUUAAUCAUCAUUUUACACUUCAUAAACUUUAAUUAAUAAAAUUUAUUAGUGAAAUAAUUGAACGAAUUCUUUCUUGAUAUUUAAGGACCAGGUACACAUAUGCAACGGUCCAAG